UUAAUUAUUUGAUAAGAGCUAACAACUCUCAAAAAUUCAUCAAGACAUAAUCAAGAGAAAAUAUUCUCAUAUUCCACGUAAGUAUUCAAAAAUUAGGCAUCAUAAAUCAUGUCUAUAUCCAAAUCUCUCAUCACCUUCAGAUUUCUCCAACCUCAAUAUUCUCAGCCCUCUGAAACUCGAAAAUCGAUAUCAUUAUCUUCUUCCUCUUCUUCAUCUUCAUGUUUUUGGGAACAUAAAAUUCGAUCGAAACAAUAUCACGCAAGUCCAAGGAGAUUUAUCGUACGCAGCGUUGUUCAACCGGGAAGUCCACCGCCCUCCAAGCCUCCUUUCAGUUUCAUAAAAUGGAUUGUGGGAGUAGCUAUAACAGUAGUUCUACCCUUCUUCAGUAGUAAAUGGACAUCGCUUCUCAAAAUUAAAAAUGGAGUGGAGACGGCGGUGGAGAUAGCCGAGGAAAUAGUUGAGGCGGUGGAGAAGGCGUCUGAGGGGGUGGAGAAGGUGGCGGAGAAAUUGGCAGAGGAUCUUCCCGAGGGCGGAGGGCUAAAAAAAGCAGUGGAUUUUGUUGAGCAUGUGGCUGAAAUAGCUAAUAAGGAUGCUCAUAAACUUGGAGACUUGAUAGAUAAGGUUCAAGAAGUAGAGGAAAAAGUAGAGGAUUAUGUGGAAUGUGUCGUUGAGAGUGCCAUCAACCAUGAGCAUCACAAAGAAGAUAAUAAAGAAAAUGGAGCACAAAAUGAGGAAGAAAAUAUAGCCAAAGAAAAAGAAGAAGAAGAAGGAGAUGGUAAUGACACAGGGAAACAUUAAUGUGAUUAUACAUUUAAUUAGUUAAUAUUAAAGUGUAGAGUAAAAUUUAUCUCAAGAAAAAAAGUGUACUAAUACAAUGACAUAUUGUACUAGAUUUCUUAAUUUUUUUUCGAUGUAUAUCAAACUUAAACUUCCUUAUUGAA